CAUCCAAAUCAACUCGUGACUUUGGUGCGAACGGUUCUCUCCGUCCAUCGGCAGCAGCAGCAGCAGAAGUCAGAAGUUUUGGUUUUCAACGGAAUCGACCGGACCAGCAGUUCCGACCGGAGACACACGAUGGCCAGCAACACCCAGGGAAUCCAGCAGCUGCUGUCCGCCGAGAAGAAGGCCGCCGAAAAGGUCGGCGAGGCCCGCAAGCGCAAGGCACGUCGGCUAAAGCAGGCCAAGGAUGAGGCCACCGAGGAGAUCGAAAAGUACCGCGCCGAACGCGAGAAGCAGUUCAAGGAUGCCGAAGUCAAGCACAUCGGCUCCCGCGAGGGCGUCUCCAACAAGAUCGACGCCGACACGCGCGUCCGCAUCGACGAGAUGAACCGCGCCCUGAACACGCACAAGGAGCACGUCAUCCUGGACGUGCUGAACUUUGCGUACGCCAUCGAGGCCAAGAUGCACAAAAACUACCGCGACUAGGGCGAGCAACGAUGUUGAUUUUCAUUAUUUGUCUUUUUUUUGUUUUUCACAUUUUUUUUUUUUUAGUAUGAUCAGAACAGCGAUCAGUGUUAAUUUUUAAUUUUUAGCUGUAAAUAAGAACAUGCAAGAAAGGAAACGCUUUAGGUUAAGGCAAUAAACGUAAGAUAAGAUAACUAAGAA